AUUUCAAUAAUUUUACCGCUAUUAUUAUCCCUUUUUAAAGUAAUGUUUUUCCACUGAUUUUCAUGGAAUCUUUUAUUUAUUCAAAUCAAGUGUAAAAUACAAUCAUUUUAUUUAUAUUUAUAAAGAAGUCUCAACUUCACUCUCACAAAGCAACAGAAAUUCAUAGCGUCAGCUGCGAGCAGUGAACAGUAGCUUCUCCAUUUUGUUGAUCAAUGGCUCUUCCGCAAGGCAAAUGGGUCAAGCUGGAGCAAAAGGGUGUAGGGCCUGGUGCAAGAAGCUCCCACGCCGUUGCUGUUGUUGGACAGAAGGUGUAUGCAUUCGGUGGAGAGUUCUCGCCACGAGUCCCUGUGGACAACCACCUCUACGUGUUUGAUCUCAGUGAUCGGACAUGGAGGGUGGCCGAUGCCAAGGGCGACAUCCCUCCUCCCCGUGUUGGUGUGACGAUGGCGUCCAUUGCCGAGACCAUCUACGUCUUCGGAGGCAGGGAUGCCACGCACAAGGAACUAAACGAGUUCUACUCUUUUGACACGGCCACGGACACGUGGACCCUCCUCUCCUCUGGGCCCCCUCACCGGAGCUACCACUCGAUGACUGCUGAUGGGAGGCGUGUGUACGUCUUCGGAGGGUGCGGCAAUGCGGGGAGGCUGAAUGAUCUGUGGGCCUACGAUGUUGUGGAUAGGAAGUGGAUUGGGUUCCCUCCGCCCGGGGAGAGUUGCAAGCCGAGGGGCGGGCCGGGGCUAGCUGCGGUUCAGGGGAAGAUUUGGGUCGUGUAUGGCUUCUCCGGCGAAGAGCUCGACGAUGUUCACUGCUUCAAUCCGAAAGCAGGGAGAUGGAGUUGCGUGGAGACGUCAGGCGAGAAACCGACUCCUCGGAGCAUGUUUUCCAGUGUAAGUAUAGGUAAGUAUAUCUUCCUCCAUGGAGGAGAGAUUGAUCCAAGUGAUUUAGGUCAUCUUGGAGCAGGUAAAUUCUCCAAGGAGGUGUAUGCUUUGGACACUGAGACAAAAGUGUGGAAACGUUGGGAUGACGGGCCGGGUUCGGAUUCAGAGAGCCGUCCCGGGGAACGGGGAUGGUGUGCAUUUUCCGGCGGCCGGUAUGAUGGGCAACCGGGGUUGCUGGUGUACGGCGGCAAUUCACCGAGCAAUGACAGGCUCGACGACAUCUUCUUCUUCACCCCUAGCCUCUGAUGAUGAACAUGGCUCUUGUAAUUAGUUUUCUGAAUUUCACUGUGUGUGGUGUGUGAAAUAUUUUGGUAGGGCUAGCUGAUGACUGGUUGAUGGAUCCAUUUGCUAGCCCCCUCGGCAGGGCGUUUCCUAUUGUAUCGAAUUUCAUAUUAUCAAAUACAUAUCAUGUGUCUAUGGUAGA